CAUUGAAGUGAAACGAUGAUUCCGGCGGAAAAACGGUGAAACUUCCGGCGAACACCACCGCUUGCUCCGGCGACGGGAAGCUCUCCGGACAGCUUCUCUCAACUCUCUGAACUCUCCUCUAACUAAUGGGAUAAUUUUGGUGUGAAAAUGAUGAAGAAUGUAUGGCUCUAUAUAUAGGCCUGGGAGAGGGAGUUACGAGGAAAUCUAUAGCAUUGAAAGCCACCAAGGAAGUUGUAGAGGAAAAUGAAGAAGAUGAUGAUGAAUCACUUAAUUUAGAAGAUAAUCCUGAACUUGCUCGUGUCAUCAAACGCUUCAACAAAUUUAUCAAGAAAAGCUUCAAGCCAAGGAGAGACAAUGGCAAGAUAGCUACACCACCCAAAUGCUAUGAAUGUGGAGAGAUAGGGCACAUCAAGCCUUAUUGUCCUAAGUUGAAGCAAGGGAAGGACAAGAAGUUCAAGAAGAAGCAAAAAGCAUACAUCUCAUGGGAGAGUGAUCAUUCAUCUUCCGAAACAAGUGAUGAGGACGAAGAAACAGCAAAUCUUUGUCUAAUGGCUACCGAGGAAGAGGUAUCUUCUAAUUCUUUUUCAAAUCCUUUAUCAUCUUCGAGUGAUUGCUUUUCAUUGGAUGAUUUACAUAGUGCAUUUAGUGAUCUAUAUGGUGAAUUUCUCAAAUCCACCAAAGAAACUAAGCUUGCUAAAGAAAAUGUCACAUCUUUAGAAGCUCAAAUAAUUGAACUUAAUAAGGAGAUGGAUUUAUUGAAACUUGAAAAUAAGAAACUUGGCAAGGUCAUUUAUUCGGUCAAAGCUCCUUCACUUCUUCUCAGACUGAAAUCGCCAAUCCUCUCUCUCCCUCAAUCGGCGACUCACUGGAACCCUAGUUGCAGGCUCUUCUUCACCGACGCAUCUCCUUCCCUUGUCGCCAAGCUCUUCUUCCACAAUUGGUUCAUCCUCGUCACCAAGAACCCUAGGCGCGGCUUCACCGACGAAUCUCCAUACCUAGGCGCCAAGCUUUUCUCCGACAAAUUCAUGGCGUCAAGGACGAAGAGGAAGACCAUUCGGCAACCUGAUUCUUCCUCUCUCCCUGGUUCUUCAUCUCAACCACAAUCUACACCCGAAGUACCAAGGUUUGUCUACCCUCUUAAUCCUCGGGUUUAUUUUGAAGAUGAAGCCGAUUUGAAAACUUUCCUUGAACGAAUCGUCCCUAGGAAGAUUGACACUCCUAGGUAUGUCGAUUUGGCGGAGUUUGAAAGAAACCAAGAUUUUGAAUCUGUUUUGUCCAAACUCCGCUCCUCGGGUCUCCUUAAUGUUGUCACCAUUAGAGAGACUCAAGUUCCUUUUGAUUAUAUUAAGGCUUUUUAUGCGUCUCUCAUCUUCAAACGUCGUGGUUCCCAAUUUGUUGUUACAGCUAAGUUUUGUGGAAAAGAGGUUGUUGUUACCAGUUCGGAGCUUAAUUCUAUGUUUGGGAUGUCCAAUUCUGGAGGUGAGAUUACCACCGUGAACAAUGACCAGAAUCCAUGGUAUGAUGUUGAUGAGCGUAAAUGUUGGGAGGCUAUGGAUUUCACGCCCCAAUUCAAUUCAUCCAAACGUCCAAUGAAGCGAGCCCUUCCAUAUCCUCUUCUCGUCACUCAUUUUUUGAAGCAAAAAGGUUUUGAGUUUACUAAUGCUGAGAUGACUAAUGAUACUCCUUUUUGGCGAAUCCGAGUGGAAACCGUAACUCGUGCUCAGGAUGUUGAUGAUGAAUCCAGUGACGAUGAUGAUGAUGUUGUUGCUCCUACUCAGAAGCGUCCGAUUUCCUAUAGAGGCAGGGUUUCUCUGCCGAUGAUAUACGAUGCCAUGCUAGGACUCCAAACCUCCCUUGACAACUUGAAGAUUCACCAGGCUAUUCAUGGUUAUAACUUGAACAAAUUGUUGGUCAAGUCGGGAGAAAAUUGGGAGGUUCCAUCGAUGGAUGCGUUGGAGCCAUAUAUGAAAGGUAACCAUGCAAGGAUAGGCAGCGGAAUAUAAAGAUUAUAACAUCCUAACAUGAUUAUCUUGCCCAGAAUCACGUACUAAAACUUAUAGUAAAUAAGAAAUUUAUACCUUUCUC